AGCUUUAUAAAGUUUUCGUGUUCUUUGUUUUGCUUUUGUUUGUUUGUUUAUAUAUUUUUAACAAAAAAUGGAUAUGAGAAAUUAACUUGACUAAUAAUGUAUUAUAAUUCCAAAUUAUGGAUAAAUCAGUACAAAACAAGUCUAAACAGGAGUGCAUAUUUGAAGAGGAUGAGAUUUUUGAUGAUUCGACUUUCCUGGCAAAAUUUGAUAGUGCUUCAUUUAAAGAAAACAAGUUUUCAGAAAAUAACUUAAAUGUGUCUUUCAAUAAAAGUGAUUUGAACGUCAGUGCUCUUUGCUGUGAUGAAGAAAUAAGUGGUUUUGAUAAAAUAACAGGAAAAACAUGGAUUUAUCCCACAAACUAUCCUGUUCGAGACUACCAAUUCAAUAUCAUCAAUGCUUCUAUCUUGAAAAAUACACUAGUAAGUCUACCUACAGGAUUGGGUAAGACGUUCAUAGCAGCAGUGAUAAUGUACAACUUUUACCGAUGGUAUCCACUCGGCAAGAUAAUUUUUACAGCUCCCACCAGACCACUGGUUGCACAACAAAUUGAAGCAUGCUAUAAUAUUAUAGCUAUUCCACCUAAUGACACUAUUGAAAUGACUGGUCACAUGCAAGUUAAUACCAGGAAAACCCAUUGGCAAAGCAAAAGGGUUAUUUUUGCAACUCCUCAAGUCAUUUACAAUGAUAUUAAAUCAGGCAUUUGCCCAGGAGACAAGAUUAGAUGUCUUGUUAUAGAUGAAGCCCACAAAGCAAGAGGCAAUUAUGCUUACUGUCAAAUUGUGUCUACACUCACUGAAAUGGGACAUAAGACAUACAGAAUAUUAGCCUUAUCUGCCACGCCAGGAAGCAAAGUUGAAGAUGUAAUAAAUGUUGUGAAAAGUCUUCAUAUAGCCCAUUUAGAAUUGAGGACAGAAAAUUGUAUAGAUGUACAGCCCUACAGCCAUUCACGGAAGAUUAAUACAGUUAUAAUAGCACUUGGUCCUGAAUUGACACAACUAAGGCAGCUUUAUGUUGAGAUUUUAGAUGGCUAUGCAAGACGUUUGAAACAGUUCAACAUUCUUCCUCAAAACCUAGGGAAUUUAUCCAAGGGCCGAGUUGUUAUGCUCUACAAGGAAUUUCAAAGCAAAGAAAAAAGUGCAAGACAUGCACAGCAUAACUAUAUAAUGAAAGACUUUACGGUGCUAAUUGCUUUGUACCAUGGUCUUGAGUUGCUGGUCAAACAUGGUUCUCGUGUAUUUCUUAAUUUCUUUGAUGAACAUCCUGAAAAAUCAUGGAUACAGGCCGAUGAUAAACUUACAGCACUGUUGGAAAGACUUAGAGAUGAUCUUGGAAUUGAUCCUCUAUCAUUGAAUACCAGCAUCUUACCAGAUGGAACGAUACCAGAAAUUCCAAAAUCCAUAUGCUUUGGUCAUCCAAAAUUUUAUAAAUUGAAAGAAAUCAUGCUAGACCAUUUCACUACUGCUAAGAAGAAAGGUCAGGAUACCAGAGCUAUAGUGUUCUGCGAAUACCGGGAAAGCGUAAACUUAGUGCACUGUCUCUUACUACAAUGUCGACCCCUUAUCACGCCGCAAAUGUUUGUUGGACAAGGCGCUUCAGGCAAAGACGGCAAAGCGGUGGUGUCUCAGAAGCAGCAGUUGCGUGUGAUGCGCAACUUUCGCGAGGGCUCUUGUAACGCCCUCGUGGCUACAUGCGUGGCUGAAGAAGGUUUGGAUGUUGGUUCUGUGGACCUGAUACUGUGCUUCGAUAUAUCCACGCGUUCGCCUGUACGCCUAGUGCAAAGAUGUGGCCGUACAGGGCGUGAGCGUGGUGGACAAGUAUUCAUUCUCGUCACUGAAGGCAGGGAACAUCAGACAUUAUUGGACUGCAUGCGCCAGCGAGAUGGCCUGAACAAGAAAAUAAUGCAGUCUUCCGACGUGAAAAACAAUUUAUACCGACUCAACCCGCGAAUGUUACCGCACGAUUUCAAGCCGCAAUGCCAAAAAAUGUUCAUCACAGUCGCUAAGAAAACAGAUCCCAAAGAAAAGGCAAAAGCCACGGAUAAACCUAAAAAGGGUCAAAAAGACUUGCGGACAAUGUUACUGGGUAAGUCAUCGAGUUCCAGUAGCUCUUCUAGUAAGGAAUUUGAAGUGUCUAAAUUAAUCACUGAAGAAGAGUUCAAAGAUAUAUAUCCUGAAGGGUUUAAAUGCAAAACAACAUUUAUUAGUUCAAGGGAAUUAUGGGUGAUGAAUAAAGAAGCAGUUGUUACAAUGAGUAAAACAGAUAAUGAAGUAGACUUAAAGCUAUCCACUUGGCUGGAAUGGCAGAGAACUUUACAGAAAUCUGUUAACAUCGGCCAUUCUAGAGACAGCGAGAUUUUGGCAGAUUUACUCCAGUACAGUGAUGCCAAAAGAUUCGACUUGCCCCCGUCUACACAAAACCCGACAUUUUCCACACAAGAUAUUGGCAGUCAGGGAACGACAAUGUCGCCAGUAAAAGAGAAACUAACUAAACAAAGAAAAAAUAAAGCAAUAGUAAUGAAAUCACCUUCAAAAGUAGCGAAAUCGCCGGGGAAAAGGGAUGGUGACAUUAGAUCACUUUUCAGCACUGCUACGAAAUCUACGAAAAAUUACACAAAAUUAUUAAAUGAUUUAGGUAUUCAAAGUAGUGGCAGUCUACCCACCAAACUCAUAACUUUAUUAGUUGACCUAACUUUACAAAAUACCAAUAAGAAAACGACAUGCUACCUUUGCGAAAACUUGGGUAAUUGUAAUUUUUUAUAUAAUAUGAGAGCACAAAGGAAAUUCCCCCCAUUAAACUUCUUAGUAGAACCCAAGUUACCUAGUAUCGAAUUAAUUGACGAUAUCACCCCAGAUUCUUUGGCAAACUACUCUAAAAACAUUGUCGACAAAUUAUGUGAAAAUGUACAAAAUGAAAAUAUUGAUAAAGGAGAAGAGAACUUUGAAUCAGAUUGUGAUUUUGACUCUAUAGACGAAUUAAAUUCUUGUAUCGUUGUGCAAGAGAGAACUCCGUAUAAAAAUCAUGCAAUAAAGAACGAAAAUCCUAACUGCAAAAACUUUGACCUAGAUUUCGACUUCGAUUCACUUGAUAAUUUAGAAACAUCCCCCACUUUUACAAGUAAAAUUGAAACACAAAAUGAAGAUACGGAGAAGAACUUUGAAAUUGGAGAUAUAGAAGAUAUUUUUGCCGAAAGCAGUCCAGAAGAAAUAGAACACAAAGAAUCUGUCACAGAAGUUAAGAUAGAAAAGCCUGCUAAGCAAGAUGAAGCUUUAGGAUUUUUUGGAUUAGAUAGCAUUGAUGAUAUUUUUGCAGAUUAUGAUGACAGUAUAGAAAAUAAACCUAAAGAAAUUGAACCUAAAGAUGAAAUAAAAGAAAAGGAUAAUAUUAACAAUAAUAAUCACCAAAAUGUGAGUCCAUCUAUUUUGUCAGGUAGAACGAGACAUUUGGCUUCUACAUCACCAAUUUUAUGUAGUCAAAGAAAAUUUCAAUUGAGUACUAAGAAAAAUACAAAUUCAGGAAGAGAUAGUAAAGCAAAGCGACAGCUCAUAAAAGAUCAUCAUGAUAAUACAAAUAAUGAAAAUAAUUCUAACCAAAAAUCAAACAACAGUUUGAAUGCGAGCAACAAUAAAAGCAUGUUCACGAUAACACAAAUAGUUGAAAUGAUAAACAAAACCGAUAGAACAUCUAGUUCCGUUCAAACGAACCAAUCAAGUAAUAUGUGUAGGAAUGGAGAAGUUUUAACUGUGGACGACGAUCGAUGUACAUCGCCGAUAUUAUUAACUCAAGCAGAUAAAAAGAAAGCGAGUACGUCAGACAGUUCAAAAUCUUAUCAGACAUUAACGACAGAAUUAAAGAAAAGUGACAGUCUCAUUAUUCUGGACAGCGAUAGUGAUUCAUGUAACGAAACUCAAAUUUACGAUGUCGAUGAAAAUGUAUCGCAUAAUGUUAAUGUCGACAAAAAUCUCACAAAAUAUAUAAGUAUAUCCAGUCCUUUCAGUAAUAAGAGAAAAUUAGAAUCGGACAAUGAUGGUGAUAUAAUCAACGCUUCGCCAUAUUUCAAUAAAAAGCCAAAGUUGGACAAUAAUGACUCCAAAAAAUUGACGUUGCAACAAAAAGUUUUAGCUGCCCUAAUUUCGAAUAAGGAUAGUAGCUUCAAACCGAAUAACACUGACCAUGUUGUAAACUUCAGUGUUUCCCCCAUAAAGUUGUCUCAAAAGGAGAACAACGACCCCCAAUUUUUGCGCAGUGACACUCAAUGCUACAGUGACGAUGAAAAGGAUUAUCAUAAAAGAAAUAAUUUAGAAUUCUUGCAAAUGUUUAGAAAAGACAGUAACGUUAAAAGCCCCAAGUCUAAGUUAAAUUUUAUUUCAAAUGGAACAAAAACAGUGGCGACAUCACAAAAGAGAAAGUUGACUUUUGAUGACAGCGAUGAUGAUUUUGUUGUUGACAAUAAUGAUCGUAAUUGUAAUGACAAACAAAACGGGAAAACCAAACGCAAGCCCACCACAAACCGAAAAGUACGUAGAAAAAAGAAGAGAAACGAGUUCCUGGAUCUAGAAGCGGAGUUGUCUGGUUCCGGCUCGGGCGACGAGUUAUCGGAUUCGAGCGCGGGCAGCCUGGAAGACUUCAUAUGCGACGACGCUGACGUCACGCAUCGAACCGAUAUGCACGCGCAUUACAUUCAAUCCGUUAGAAGUCCAGUUAAAGGUGUGUUCAAGAUACCAGAGCUACCCAAGAAAUAUGACAAAAUGGAAGUAUUUUCACAAUACGUGGAAGAGGAUAACUAUGAAAUGGAUAGUUUUUGUGUGGAUUCUCACAUCGGAUUGACGCAAGUAGAUGAUAUGUCAGAACUGGAGUUAGCCGAGAUUGCUUUAGAGGAAGAACGAAGAAGAAAGAAGAAAAGUCAAACUGUUAUCAGCCCUGGACUAGAUAACGGCGAUAGUCCCAUAGUUAAAAGAAAAAAUAAAGUCACUAGGCAAAUAGAAAGUGAUUCCGACGAUAGUAGUUAGCUCUGAGAUAAUUGUGGGUAGUUUAAGAAAAUUUAUAUUCUCCAGCUGGCCUGAAUCGCCAAUUUAUACUGUGAUAUAAUGAAAGUGCUGUUUUUAGAGCGUAAGUUUAUCUUUUAAUACUAUUAUACCAAUGAUUGUAUUGUAAAUAUCCCAAUUAUAAUAAAAUUGAUUAUUUGAAUUUGUUGUUAAUUUAAAAUGUGAAUGUUGAAAGUGAAUAGGUAUCUACAACAUUUUGAUCAUGCAAUAAAACCAAACCAUUCCAAUUUUUACAUUUAAUUUUAUUUAAAUUACAUAAACAUGUAUAUUUCUCUGUAAUAUGCUAUUUAACCUUUUACUAUCAUGAAAUAAUCAUCUUGUUCUGUUACAAUUUGUAUUGACAUUUAACACUGUUGAUUCGGAAAUGUACUAUUUUCAUCAGUCUGUCAAUAAAUAACUCUGUUAAAAUGAUGAUGUAAUUUUAUUCAGCUAUUUAAUAAAUAUUACUCUUCUGCACUCUUCGCUUCUGGCUCCUUUGGUUGUCUCCCUUUAUGUAUGUCUUCCAGUUCUGCCUGAAGUUCGCCAUAUUUCUUCUGCAAUUGUUUCUCACGGUCUGUUUGACGGUUCACGUCCUCUGUCAAUG